GUCUGUGUGACAUACAGGAAGAAGUUGAAUAAGUCUAAAAACACAGAAAAAUCGCCUGCAGUUCGCUGUUUUGUUGCGCUUUCGCUUUUUCUGAAUCGACUGGCUGAAAUUUAGAGGUGGAAGAAUGAAGACUGCUGCUGAACUGGAAGCGCUGUAACGUGUGGAUUUACUUCACCCGAACAGAAGUACCAGUCAAAUGGAAAUCCAGGACACAUUUUUAGCAACUCUUUAGUAACAAAAAAUGUCAGAGCACAGAUCCAGUUUUCUUCACAUUGGAGACAUUGUGUCUCUGUACGCGGAAGGCUCGGUGAAUGGCUUCAUCAGUACUUUGGGGCUUGUGGAUGACAGGUGUGUGGUCCAGCCUGAUGCUGGAGAUCUGGCCAACCCUCCAAAAAAGUUCAGAGACUGCCUCUUCAAGGUUUGUCCCAUGAACAGAUACUCUGCUCAGAAGCAGUUCUGGAAGGCAAAACAAGGAAAACAAGGAAACAACAACACACAGGGAGACUUGUUCAAGAAGCUACAGCAUGCAGCAGAACUGGAGCAGAAGCAGAAUGAGUCAGAGAACAAGAAGCUCCUGGGGGAAUUUGUCAAAUAUAGUAAUGUCAUCCAGCUCCUGCACAUUAAGAGUAACAAAUACCUGACAGUAAACAAGCGUCUCCCUGCUUUGCUGGAAAAAAAUGCCAUGCGGGUUUCUCUGGACCCAGCCGGGAAUGAGGGCUCCUGGUUCUACAUUCAACCCUUCUGGAAGCUCCGCAGCGAAGGAGAUAAUGUGGUCGUUGGAGACAAGGUGGUACUGAUGCCAGUGAACGCAGGGCAGCCUCUUCAUGCCAGUAACAUUGAGCUACUCGACAAUCCUGGCUGCAAAGAGGUUAAUGCUGUUAACUGUAACACCAGCUGGAAGGUCACCUUGUUCAUGAAGUUUAGCGACUACAGGGAAGAUGUGCUGAAGGGAGGAGACGUGGUGAGGCUGUUUCAUGCUGAGCAGGAGAAGUUUCUGACCAGUGACGAGUACAAGAAGCAGCAGCAUGUCUUCCUCAGAACCACGCUGCGACAGUCUGCCACCUCUGCCACUAGCUCCAAGGCUCUCUGGGAGAUUGAGGUUGUGCACUAUGACCCCUGCAGAGGUGGAGCCGGUCAGUGGAACAGUCUCUUCCGCUUUAAACACCUGGCAACCGGGAAUUACCUUGCAGCUGAGGUGAACCCUGAAUUCAAAGACAGCACAGUGGAGUCUAAGGGAGAGAAUGAGACUGAUACUGUAUUCUCCAAGAGGAAGCAUCAAGCAGCAGAGAAGAUUGCUUUCACUCUUGUGUCUGUUCCCCAUGGGAAUGACAUUGCCUCGCUGUUUGAGCUGGAUGCCACCACUCUGCAACGGGCUGACUGUCUGGUGCCCAGAAACUCUUAUGUCAGGCUCAGGCACCUGUGCACCAACACAUGGGUGACCAGCACCAAUGUCCCGAUCGAUGCAGAAGAGGAGCGUCCGGUCAUGCUCAAGAUUGGUACCUGUCCCACGAAAGAGGACAAAGAGGCUUUUGCCAUUGUAUCUGUUCCCCUGUCAGAGGUCAGAGACUUGGACUUUGCCAAUGAUGCCAGCAAGGUCCUGGAGUCCACCGUGAGGAAGCUUCAAUAUGGCAACAUUGCUCAGAAUGAGCGGAGGUUUGUGACGAAGCUCCUGGAGGACCUGGUUUUCUUUGUGUGUGUGGUACCAAACAACGGCCAAGACGUAUUGUCCGUGGUCACCUCCACACCCAACCGAGAGAGACAGAAACUCAUGAGGGAACAGAACAUCCUCGCUCAGAUCUUUGGCAUCCUGAAGGCUCCGUUCACAGAUCAGGGUGACGGUCCGAUGCUGAAGUUGGAGGAUUUGGGAGACCAACGCUAUGCUCACUUCAAGUACAUGCUGAGACUCUGCUACAGGGUGAUACGACACUCCCAGCAGGACUAUCGCAAAAACCAGGAAUAUAUAGCCAAAAAGUUCACAAUCAUGCAGUCUCAGAUUGGUUAUGAGAUUCUGGCUGAGGACACAAUCACAGCUCUGCUGCACAACAACCGCAAGCUCCUGGAAAAACACAUUACAGCCCGAGAGAUUGAGACCUUCGUCAGCCUGCUGAGGCGCAACAGAGAGCCAAGGUUCCUGGAUUAUCUCUCUGAUCUGUGUGUGUCCAACAAGACUGCCAUCCCCGUCACGCAGGAGCUUAUCUGUAAAUUUAUGCUGAACCCCACCAACGCAGAUAUCCUCAUCCAGACCAAACUUAUCCCAAACACAGAGACCACGUUGGAGUCGUCACUGCUGCAGGAGGAGGUUGAAGAGGAGGAAGUUUGGCUCUACUGGAUUGACAGCCACAAGGAGCCUCACGGCAAAUCCAUCCGCCACCUGGCCCAGGAUGCUAAGGGCACCCAUAAGAUGGAUGUAGACAUAAUCACCUACUACAGGUACCAGCUGAACCUGUUUGCUAAAAUGUGUCUGGACCGUCAGUACCUAGCUAUCAAUCAGAUCUCCUGCCAGCUGCCUGUGGAUCUGAUCCUACGCUGCAUGUUCGACGACUGCCUGCCCUACAACCUGAGAGCCUCCUUCUGCCGCCUCAUGCUACAUAUGCAUGUGGACCGCGAUCCACAGGAGGCUGUGGUUCCUGUGCGCUAUGCCCGUCUCUGGACCGAGAUCCCCUCUAAGAUCACCAUCCAUGAGUUUGAAUAUGAGUCCACUGAUACCUCAAGAGAGGAGAUGAAGAGGAAGUUUGCUCCCACCAUGGAGUUUGUAGAAGAAUACCUCAAAGAUGUGGUCAGCCAGCCUUUUCCAUUUGGGGAUAAAGACAAGAAUGAACUCACACUAGAGGUGGUAAAUCUGGCUCGUAAUCUGGUUUACUUUGGUUUCUACAGUUUUAGUGAGCUGCUGCGUCUCACACGCACCCUGCUGGCCAUCCUGGACAUUGUCCAGCACCCGCUCACUUUCAUGAACAAGCUCAACAAGAGCCCAGAAGCUGGCAACAAUGUCCUGCGUACAAUCCACGGUGUCGGGGAAAUGAUGACUCAGAUGGUGAUGAGUCGAGGUGUGCCACACAGCCUCCCUGACACCUCUCCUUGCUUGCGCUACGGAAAAGGACACUUCCUGCCAGACAACGAGGAUGUCAUGGUGAUGGACACGAAGCUAAAGAUCAUAGAGAUCCUGCAAUUCAUCCUGAGUGUGAGGUUGGAUUACAGAAUCACAUAUUUGCUGUCCAUCUAUAAGAAAGAGUUUGGGGACAAGAGCAUAACUGACAACUCUGUCUCAGUGGCUGAUAUACCCAUAUUUACACCCUCUGAACCAGACAUAGAUGAGAUUGCAACUAAAGCAGAGAGCAUGUUUGCAGGGGGGUAGGUGAAGUUUGCAGUGGAGCUAGACGAUGAGGGUGGCCGAACGUUUUUGAGGGUUCUGAUCCAUCUCAUAAUGCAGGAUUACCCCCCACUGGUGUCUGGCUCGCUGCAGCUCAUCUUCAAACACUUCAGCCAGAGAGCUGAGGUGCUGCAGGCCUUCAAACAGGUCCAGCUGCUGGUGUCAGAGCAGGAUGUAGAAAACUACAAGCAGAUUAAGACCGACCUGGAUCAGCUGCGUCUGACUGUUGAGAAGUCAGAGCUGUGGGUGGAAAAGAGUGGAGUCUACAGCAGUGAAGACAUGGUGGUCAGGCAGGGCAAAGAACAGAAUAUAGAGGAGGUUGUCUUGAGUCCAGUACAGGAUGGAGACAAUAAGCCCCAGAUCGACAGCAACAAAGCAAACAAUUACAACAUAGUCAAGGAGAUCUUGGUGCGGCUCAGUAAGUUGUGUUACCCGAGCAAGAAGAGUCGUGUGCAGCAGCAGAGGCUUUUGAAGAACAUGGGGGCUCAUACUGUGGUGCUGGACCUGCUGCAGAUCCCCUACGAGCAGAGUGAUGAGAAGAUGAAUGAGAUCAUGACGCUGGCACAUACCUUUUUGCAAAACUUCUGCAGAGGGAACCCUCAGAACCAAGUUCUGCUACAUAAACACCUCAACCUCUUCCUCACUCCAGGGUUGCUAGAAGCUGAGACGAUGCGUCAUAUCUUUAUGAACAACUACCUGCUGUGCAAUGAGAUCAGUGACCGUGUGGUUCACCACUUUGUCCACUGCAUUGAAACACACGGGAGACAUGUUCAGUACCUCAUGUUCCUGCAAACCAUUGUGAAAGCUGAUGGGAAGUAUGUGAAGAAAUGUCAGGACAAAGUCAUGACCGAGCUGGUGAAUGGUGGGGAGGACGUCCUGGUGUUCUACAACGACCGCUCCUCGUUCCCAGUGUUGCUACAGAUGAUGGCUUCUGAACGUGAGCGAACAGAUGAAGAUGGAGCUCUGGCCUAUCACAACACACUGGUGGAGCUCCUGGCUGCCUGCACUGAGGGCAAGAACGUCUACACUGAGUUGAAAUGCAACUCUCUGCUACCACUGGACGACAUUGUCAAAGUUGUCACUGAUGUAAACUGCAUACCAGAGGUGAAAACUGCAUAUGUGAACUUUGUGAAUCACUGCUAUGUGGACACUGAGGUAGAAAUGAAAGAGAUCUACACCUCCAACCACAUCUGGAAGCUCUUUGACAACUUCCUGGUGGACAUGUCUCGUGUGUGUAACACUACCACAGACCGUAGCCAUGCUGAUCUGGCCCUGGAGAAGUAUGUGACAGAGACAGUGAUGGCUAUUGUCAAAGGCUUCUUCAGCUCACCUUUCUCUGUGAACCACUCCAACCUGCAGACAAACCAGUCUGUUUUCAUCCAGCUGCUCCAGUCUGCUUUCAGGAUCUACAACUGCACCUGGAUCAACUCAGCUCAGAAGGCAAAUAUUGAGAGUUGUAUCAAAACUCUGGCCGAUGUGGCCAAGGCACGAGCAAUAGCCAUCCCUGUGGACCUGGACAGUCAGGUCAACACUUUGUCUCUGAAGGUCCAUAGCCACAUGGUGCAGCGAGCGGCCAAAGACUGGAGAAUCUCUGCACGCACGCGGCCCCGUAAGGAGCCCCUGGGUGGCCCUGACUACAAGAACAUUAUUGAAAAGCUUCAGGGGGUUGUGUCUUGUCUAGAGGAGCAGUUCAGUCCGAAGGUUCAGGCAGAGUUUUCUGUGCUGGUGGAUGUUCUGCAUAGCCCCGAGCUGCUGUUUCCAGAGGCUGCUCGGUUACGCUGUGAGAGUGGAGCCUUCAUGUCAAAGCUGAUCAAACACACCAAGAAGCUUAUGGACAAAGAGGAGAAACUAUGUAUCAAGAUCCUGCAGACACUCAGAGAGAUGCUGGACAAGAAGGAAUGUUGUCAGGAGUCUGGAAAACAGUUAAGAAAGAUUCUCCUCACACGGUACUUUGGAAAUCAAAAGCUUCUCUCCAAGUCAGAGCUUGGGAGUGGAAACAGCUCAUCUGGCGGCUUUGUCAAGCCAUCAUCCGGAGGAGGUUCUCCCAUACUGGACUCUGACAAGCCAGGCAGCAGUACGGCAGAGAUCCAGUGUCUGCUGGACAAUGUUGGAGCAUCGGAGCUUGUGAUUGAUCUCAUUGUCAACACCAAGAAUGAUCGGGUGUUUGAGGAGAGCAUCCUGCUGGGCAUUGCCCUUCUGCAGGGUGGAAACACACAGAUACAGGACUCCUUCUACAACCAACUGUACAAGCAGAGGAAGUCCGAGAGGUUCUUCAAGGUUUUCUAUGACCGCAUGCGCUUGGCCCAGCAAGAGAUCCGAGCCACCGUGUCAGUCAACAUGUUUGAGCUCAGCUGCAGAAAAAGGGAUGAUGAUGGUGACGUCAGUAACGUCAGGUUCAAGAAAGGGAAAGACUCAGGGCUUCAUAUGAGGGAGGACAUGCGAGGGCAGCUGAAGGAGGCCUCAUCUGCAACUUCAAAGGCCUUCUGUGCCUUCAGAAAGGAGGUGGAUCCCGAGCUGGAAGGUUUGGGCCAGAACAGUGAGGGGACCGGGGCUGAGGAAGUUUUAGAGGAAACUCAGAUGAGUCCAGCCAUCACUAUUAUGAAACCCAUCUUACGUUACCUACAGCUGCUCUGUGAGAACCACAAUUCAGAUCUGCAGAACUUUCUGCGCAACCAGAACAACAAGACUAACUAUAACCUGGUGUGUGAGACUCUUCAGUUCCUGGAUUGUAUUUGUGGAAGCACCACUGGAGGCCUUGGGCUGCUGGGCCUUUACAUAAAUGAGAGUAACGUAGACCUGGUGCGCCAAACAUUGGAGACCAUCACGGAGUACUGCCAGGGCCCCUGCCAUGAAAACCAGACUUGCAUAGCCAAGCAUGAGUCAAAUGGCAUUGACAUCAUUAUAGCACUGAUUGUCAACCCCAUCAACCCCCUGGGUAAGCAUCGGCUGGACCUGGUAUUGGAGCUCAAGAAUAAUGCCUCCAAGCUCCUAUUAGCUAUCAUGGAGAGCCGCCAUGACAGCGAGAAUGCAGAGAAGAUUCUCUACAAGAUGAGGCCAACUGAACUGGUGGAUGUAAUGAAGGAGGCCUAUGCUCAGGGUCUGGAGAGUGAGGAGGAUGAGGACAGUGCUGGCGACCAGAUCAAACCCAGAGACGUCGGGCACAACAUUUACAUCUUAGCCCACCAACUGGCCAGACACAAUAAGAUCCUGCAGCAGAGCCUAAGACCAGGGUCUGGGUUGGGAUCAGGAUCAGGGGUGGACCCUGACAAUGAAAAGGAUGACGCCCUUCAUUAUUAUGCCAAUCACACAGCUCAAAUAGAGAUUGUGCGUCGGGAUCGCACCAUGGAGCAGAUAGUGUUUCCAGUCCCUAACAUCUGCGAAUAUCUCACUGCGGAGUCCAAGUCACGUGUGUUCAACACCACUGAGAGAGAUGACCAGGGCAGCAAGGUUAAUGACUUCUUCCAGCAGUUUGACAACCUCUACAAUGAGAUGAGGUGGCAGAAGAAGAUCCAAAAAAAUACGGCUCUGUUUUGGUUCUCACGCCACAUCUCUAUUUGGGGGAGUAUCUCCUUCUACCUCGCCUGCCUACUCAACAUCUCUGUGGCUGUCUUCUACCCGUUUGGUGAUGAUGGAGAUGAAGGCACUUUGUCCCCGUUCUGGAAUAUCUUGCUGUGGGUGGCCUUGGGGGUGUUCACUGCCUUACUUCCUGUAUUUCCCAAACCAUGGGGGAUCCUGUUCUUCCUGGUCUCCCUCAUUCUGCGUGCCAUCUACACUAUGGGUCUCGGCCCCGCCCUAUUGUUACUGGGUACUGUCAAUCUGUUCAACAAGAUAGUGUUUCUAGUAAGCUUUAUGGGAAACCAGGGAACAUUCACCCGUGGCUACAAAGCAGUUAUUAUGGACAUGCUCUUUAUCUACCAUCUGAGCUAUGCCAUCAUCUGUGUUCUGGGUCUCUUUGUGCACGAGUUCUUCUACAGCUUUUUGCUGUUUGACCUGGUGAUCCGAGAGGAGACGCUGCUCAACGUGAUAAAGAGCGUGACAAGAAAUGGCCGCUCUAUUAUUCUGACUGCUGUUCUGGCCAUCUUUCUUGUCUACUUCUUCUCCAUCAUUGGCUUCCUCUUCCUCAAGGAUGACUUCCGCAUGGAGGUGGACCGCCUUCCUGCACCAGGAAAAGGGGACUUAUUGAGUAACACUAAAGAUCCUGACUCAUGUAUGAAAGAUAACUGCCCUGUUUCCUCAUCUAAAUCUGUUCCUGAAGAAGACGAUGGGAUAGAGCGGGUGUGCGACACUCUGCUCAUGUGUAUAAUCACAGUGUUGAACCAGGGACUACGUAAUGGAGGUGGGGUAGGAGACAUUCUCAGAAGACCCUCCAAAGAGGAGCCUCUGUUUGCAGCCCGUGUGGUAUACGACCUUCUAUUCUUCUUCAUCGUUAUCAUCAUUGUUCUUAAUCUCAUCUUUGGUGUUAUCAUUGACACCUUUGCGGACUUGAGGAGUGAGAAACAGAGGAAGGAGGAGAUCCUGAAAACCACCUGUUUCAUCUGUGGGUUGGAAAGGGACAAAUUUGACAACAAGACGGUUUCCUUUGAUGAGCAUAUCAAGUCUGAGCACAACAUGUGGCACUACCUUUACUUUCUGGUUCUGGUGAGGGUGAAGGAUCCGACUGAGUACACUGGUCCGGAGAGUUAUGUGGCCCUGAUGAUCAAGGAGAAGAACCUGGAGUGGUUCCCCCGAAUGAGAGCCAUGUCUCUGGUGAGCAGCGAGGGAGACAACGAGCAGAAUGAGAUGCGCUCUCUGCAGGAGAAACUGGACAGCACUGUCACUCUGGUAGCUCAGCUCUCUGGCCAGCUGGCUGAGCUCAAGGAACAGAUGACGGAGCAGAGGAAGAACAAGCAGAGGCUUGGAUUCUUGGGUCCCCCUCAGCCAAACCACCACAUCCCAGCUCAUUGAGGGGCUCAAGGCUCAAACGGGACACAAAAACCAGCCUCUCAACUGCAGGCUCGCAGUAUGAACUAGAUAGAAAAGCAGACACAUAAACUCCAGCCUUAAGAACAAGAUCUGUGCUUAGAUGUACACCUACAGUUACUAAUGUAAAAUUGCAAGAAGUCAGCAGCUGCUGACAUGUAAUUUUUGACGUAGUGCCUUUUCUAUGAUACAUACACUGCCUUAUAUGAUACAACCUGUGCUUUAUGAGCUCACUCAGUCAUUACGAGCCCACUUUACAGACUGUCUGUGCACACUCUGGUAUGCAGUGGGACUGGCUCUGUGAAUGAUUGGCCAGACAUGGCACACAUCUGCCAGUGUAGUGUUAGUGUGCCAGAUUGAGGUCAAGAAAAAAUGUUAAGGUAAGGUUAAUGGAGAAGUGCUGUUAAGUCUGUGGAUGGCCUUCACUUUGGCGUGAUUCCUUGACUGUCUCAGUGUUGAUGUGUCAGUGAGCGGACAGACCGCUUUCACAGAGAUCAGUGAUUGGCUGUCAACUGAGAAGAUGUUUUCAUCACUGAUUGGCCCCCUGGGGAAGAGUGUGUCCACUAAUAUUAAGUAUUCUCCCCUUUACCUUUUAGAUUUCUGCUUGAAUUUAUAAGAAAAUGUGUUGUUCAUAACUGGAGUAUUAUUUUUGCAUUUUGGAAAAGGAAUCAUGCUGCCUCACUCAUUAAGUACAUUGCAAUAGCUGAAAAUGCACUUUUUUAAAAGAAAAAAGGGAAAAAGUUAAGCCUGUAACUGGAGACAUUAGUUAGUUUUGGGUAUUAUUUUCGCAUCCUCCGUACUCUGUUUAAAAAUGCUUUCACUGCACCAUUUCAGUUGCCUUUUUACAGAUUUCUACAGAGUAUAUAAGUAACAGAAAUGUGAAUAAAAAUAAUGAUUACGUGUGUGCAGAACUUACUUGAAAAUUCUUUUAUGUCUAAAUCUAAUAUUGGUACAUAAUGUAGUAUGGACUGGAGAUGGUAUGCUUACAGUUCCUUGUUACAAUAUGAACAUCCUCAUUUCCUUGGAGAUGUCAAUUAAUAAUGUAAUAUUUACUGUAUUUGCUAUCUUCAUCUUCUACUGUUUCUUAAUUUUGUGUUUGUAAAUCAUUCUCACUAGUCUCUUGGACUAGUCUCUUAAGUCUGAACUUGUGUUUUUAAACUUGCACAUACUAAAGGCAAAGUAUGAGUGCAUGCACCUGAUGAAAACUACUUUGACACUUUUUGUUUUAAACAAAGUGUAUAGAAACAUGUAUUUUAUGUGGUCAGAUGUUGUAAUAAAUUUGUAACGAGA